AUGAGGAGCAACAAGAGGAGUGUUCCCAAAGAGGUGGAUGCAAAGACGCUGAUGAACAGAAAGCUUCAGCAGCAUUUGGAGGAGAUGAAUGUUCCUGGAGAAGAGGAGAGAAUUGGUGACUUUGAGUCUAUUGAAACCCUGCUCGGCAACCAAAUGGAGGAGGUUUACAUGCAGCUGCAGCUCCACUACUCCACCGCGAUACGAUUGCUCGCUCACCGCGAUAGCAUGGCUCGCAGGUACCAGGAGGAGAUAGAGCGCCUCAAGUCGCAGCUGGAUGCCUUGAAGUCAGCAAGUGCCAAAGAGAAGGAGGCCAAGCAGAUGAAAAUCUUGAUAUCACAGGUCAAGCUGUACAAGGACAAGUACCUGGAACGUGACAAAACGGCCAGGGCCAUUGAGGUAGAGAACUACGAGUUGCGCGAGCAGCUCUCAGCUCUUCGAACCGUCGGAGUAUCCUAUGCCUACUCCCAGGCUGACUCGUCGAUGAUCAUCCGACCCAGCAGCCCGCACAGCCCUCCGAGCAAGCCCGAGCCACUCCCAUAUGCGGCCUAUGGAGCACCAGCAGGGCUUGGACCUAUUGGAGACCCUCUGGACAGGUUGGAGAAGGCCCAGCUGAGACUGGACAGCUGGGCCUCACAAAACCGCGCCUCCGUGAAGCGGAACCUUACAGGCCUCAUCAAUGUACAGGAUCUACCAACCAUGGAGCUGCCUGGGGAGAUCACAACUCGAGGUGCAUAUGGCCCAGCUCCUCCAAUAAUGCCAGAACUGGAGGAUGAGAAACCCAAAGAAGAAGAGGAUGAGCAGCAGGCGGAGGAAGAUGAGCCGCCAGAAACGGCUUACUACAUUCGCGCAUCCAAAAAUCGACUUCAAGAGGAGGAGACCGGACUUGGUUGGGUCAUGCAGAAGCUUCGCGGCUACAUGCAGGCCUUCUUCUUCCAAGGGGAGAGAGACAUGCAAGACACCUACUACAAAACCGGGCUGUGUCAGUUCAUUGCACGCAGCCAGAGCUUUGAGCACGCCACGAUGGCAGUCAUCGCAGCGAAUUCGGUGUGGUUAGGUGUGGACGUGACUUGGAAUGACCAGCUUCUCCUCAUCAACUCGGAGCCCGUCUUCAUCGUCAUGGAAAAUCUUUUCUGCACUUACUUCUUCCUUGAGAUCGUGAUCCGCUUUGGCGCUUUCCGGCGGAAGUGUAACGUCUUCCGUGAUUACUGGUUCGUAUUUGAUCUUGCUCUUGUGCUGGCGAUGAUUCUGGACACCUGGGUUCUUCUUGCUAUCAUGGCUGCAUCCGAUACAGAUGUUUCGGUCAUCAACUCCUCAUCUUUGCGGCUUCUGCGAAUCAUCAGAAUAAGCAGGCUUGCGCGAGUUGCUCGGAUCUUGCGAUCCGUGCCCGAGAUGAUGAUCCUCUUUCAGGGCAUGGGGGUGGCCUCUCGCUCUGUGAUCUGCACGGUGUCGCUGCUUGUGAUUUUGGUCUAUGUGUUUGCGUUGGUCUUCAUGCAGCUCCUCAGGGGCACAUCUGCGGGGGAUGCCUACUUUCCAUCGAUCGCCAAGGGAAUGUUUGCUCUCUUCUUCCACGGAUGCUUGGGAGAGCAGCUGCCAGACUUGGCAGCAGCUGUCUUCGAUGAAGGCAUAGAUGUCGGCCUCUUCUUGAUCAUCUUUGUCUUUCUGGGCCCUUUGACGGUCAUGAACAUGGUGGUGGCUGUCCUGGUUCAUGUAGUGAGUUCUGUAGCAACUCUGCAGCACAAGAACCAGCAGAAUGGUGUCAUCCGUGAGAGGAUAUACAACAUCUUGAAGAACCUGGACGGCGAUGAUGACGACGUGAUAACACAAGAGGAGUUCAGGAUGAUCCUGGACAGGAAAGAAGCCAUGGCUGUCUUCUUGGAAGUGGGGGUGGAUGUGAUCGCCAUCCUGAAGGACCCGGACAUCAUCUUCGGAGGUGAGGUGCGUCUGCCCAUCGAUGAGCUGCUGGAUGAGGUGAUCACCCUUCGGGGCAGCAACUUCACCACCGUCAAGGACCUGGUCCAGCUGAAGAACCAACUGGUGCGGGAGCUGCGAAGAUUUGGCCAGCGCAGGCAACUUCUCUAG